UGACAUUCUCUUCUGCCUCUCAAGGACAGACAACACAGCAGAUUGAGAAAGUAGUCACCAUGUUUCGGAGAAGGCCUUCUCAUAACUCUGAGGAGAAUGAUUCUGUGCAGCAGGGUGUGAAGAUCAACGAACUAAGGACCGCUAUUGGACCACUAUCAGGGCGUAGUUUACAGUACUGUAUUGAUGCAUGUCUAAGGAGAUAUUUGGAGGCUCGGAAUUGGAAUAUUGACAAGUCAAAGAAAAUGUUGGAAGAAACUCUGAAGUGGAGAUCAUCCUAUAAGCCUGAGGAAAUCCGCUGGCAUGAAGUAGCAAUUGAGGGUGAGACCGGAAAAUUAUACAGGGCAAAUUUUCAUGAUCGGUUUGGGAGGACAGUUCUUAUAUUGCGACCAGGAAUGCAGAACACAAAAUCACACGAUAACCAGAUCAGGCAUCUAGUGUACCUGCUGGAGAAUGCUAUCCUUAAUCUUCCUGAUGAUCAAGAACAGAUGUCAUGGUUAAUAGACUUCACCGGCUGGUCAUUGGCCAACAGUGUGCCCAUAAAAACUGCCCGAGAGACUGCCAAUGUUUUACAGAACCACUACCCUGAGAGGCUUGCUCUAGCAUUUCUGUACAAUCCCCCAAGAAUCUUUGAAGCAUUUUGGAAGGUUGUAAAGUACUUCUUGGAUCCAAAAACAUUUCAGAAGGUGAAAUUCGUCUAUCCCAAGAACAAUGAAAGCGUGGAACUCAUGAAAUCAUAUUUCGAUGUGGAUAACCUUCCAGCAGAAUUUGGUGGGGAAGUUAAAUUGCAAUACGACCAUGAAGAAUUCUCAAGAUUGAUGGCCCAAGAUGAUGUAAAAACUGCUGCUCUCUGGGGAAUAGACAAUAAACUUAACCACAUCAACAAUGGGUGUCUAGGGGCAGAGUUGGCUCCAGAAUCAGUGCAGCUAUAACAUUAUGUA